UUUCAUCGGCCUUUUCCUUUUUCACUUUUGUGGUGAAGGUGCAACGCUUUUCGGUCGUCCCGAAUCCGGGUUCAUCCGACACCCUCACCAAUUCAAGUCGAACUGAGCUGAACAUCAUCUGAUACACCAUGCCUCCUAAAUUCGACCCCAACGAGAUUAAAGUUGGUAUGUCUGGAAUACGGUAACCGUUUGACGGAUUUCUGAUUAGGUCUGAGCGGCCAUGUUUGCGGCUUGGCCUCUCGCGUGCUGGGACUAAUAAAUGAGUAGAAAGUGUACAUGAGAUGCACAGGUGGAGAGGUUGGUGCCACUUCUUCGCUGGCCCCCAAAAUCGGACCUUUGGGUCUUUCCCCUAAAAAGGUGGGUGAUGACAUCGCAAAGGCCACCGGUGACUGGAAGGGCCUCCGAAUCACUGUGAAACUGACCAUUCAGAACAGACAAGCAGCGAUUGAGGUGGUGCCAUCAGCCUCAGCCCUCAUCAUCAAGGCGCUGAAGGAACCUCCCCGUGACAGGAAGAAGGUCAAGAACAUUAAGCACUCUGGAAGUGUUUCUUUGGAUGAGAUCAUCAACAUUGCCCGUGUCAUGAGGCCACGUUCUAUUGCCAGGGAACUUAGUGGUACCAUUAAAGAGAUUCUUGGCACAGCUCAGUCUGUGGGCUGCACCAUUGAUGGUCGCCCUCCCCAUGAUGUCAUUGAUGACAUCAAUAGUGGCAAAAUGGAAUGCCCAGCUGAGUAAAAAGAUGAUUGAAGACAAAAUAAAACCAUUAAAAUGAAAA